UACACAAUGACCUGUGGCUCGCCUUGAGCAAAGGAGUCCUCCCAGCUAGUCGUUGAAUGACCCCAAAGGACUGUGUCAAAUUAAAAUGGAUUGAAUCGCACCGGCAUCGGCAAACUAAACCUGCCGCGCACAGCCGCCAGUUCAUUGGAGCAAAAACAUUGUGUCCGGACAGUACGCUAGAACUUGGAACCAACUCCGAAUCAAUCAGGCACCAUUGCCCGGAAGCCGCUCGAUCGGAGGAAGUUCCGCGUGGAGGCGGAAGCGGGCGGGGGCGCCAACAGAUUAUGACGCCCAAGAAGAAGAUUGGUGGCGAAUGCAAUGAAUUGCUGGGAACACUGUUGGGGCCGGUGUUGCUGGGAACUCUGCUGCUGUUGACCAGUACCCUAAACGGGGUCGCGGGGCAACGCGAAUCGCAACUGCGGGUCGGCAAAGCCAUCAACAUCUUCAUCCGGUACGGGUACCUGUCGAUAUCGAUGAAGGUGAUCUCGUACAACGACAGCGAAACGUGGCUGUUCAAGGAACCUACCAAGAACAUCUUCAAGGGUCUGGAUACGCUAAAGAUCGAAGAGUACGAGGUGAAGCCCGGCAUCUUCAAUGGCGACUUCCACAUGGAGUUCUGCGACAACAAGCGGCAGCUGUUCCAGGCCUACUUCAGGGACUUUCAAAUCGAGCGGCUGGACAGCCCCUGGCGGGCGUACACCGAGGGUUGGCACACCGAGAUCGCCGCCAAGAAGCUAGGAAUCCAAAGCAAGUACCUGGAGCGGGACGACUACUGCUACGUGCUGGUGCGGGUGUCCCGGUUUCGGGAUAGCGCCAAGUUCGCCAAACCGAUCCCGCCGAACCAGGUGCUGGAACCGGAUGUGCAGAAGCGGGUACAAAGUGUCGCAGUCGGCGACACAACCUCGGCAGUCCAGUUCAUGAACAAGUACGGCACCCACUACAUCAACUCGUACGUGACGGGUAAUUCGCUGUACCAGGUGUUCGUGUUCAACAAGCGCAACUACGCCCACAUCAAAGAGAAGCUCAAAUCGCGGGGGGUGCUGGCACUUUCCAAGGUCGAUCUGUACGAUCACUUUGCGCCGUGGUACGUCGAGCACAUGGGCAAGAUACGAUGCGCCAGUGGGAAUACUACGGUGGAAGCGUGGGCCUCGCGGAAGCUACGUCUUUCGUACUACGUGUUCACCUACAGCAGUCUGUUGAAGCUGCACGGGGACGGGGCAUUACUUAGGAUACUGAGCGAGCUGCUGCAGAACGAGGCGAUCCUGCAGCUCGAUUUGAAGUCGCUCAGUGUGAUCUUCAAGGAACCGGUCAAGCGGGCGUGGUUCGAGGAGAUCCUGGAUAACUAUCUUAAGCUGUGGGAAGUCAAUAUGUAGGGGUAGGGCUGACGUUUACGAUGCUGUCACGAUGAAAUGUGGUUUAUUGUAAUGUUCCACGAAUCGGAAUGACUUAAUUUGGUUGACGACUGGUAGAUCGCAGUUGGAUGUUAGCGUAGUCUAUUCUAUUCUAUAUUUUUUAUUUAUAGAGGAUUUUAACCAACUUGGUCAUUCGUCCUCUUAAGAAAAGUUUACAUUUUUAACUUAUGUCUAGAGUUUUUGGAUUAUUUUAGUACUUCUCAAGAAUUGUAGUAGGUUGUCCUCGUUGAGCACGUUCAACGCCCUCGAUACGUCGUUCUGUCGUUCUGUCGUUCUGUCCCAUAUAACCUGCAUUCUCCAAUAAUAUGCGCAACUGUAAGUGGUUGGUUGCAGGUGUUGCACGUGGUUAUCCCUUUCGUGAAAAACUCUGAAUGCGUGAGCAUGGUGUGUCCAAUUCGGAGUCUAGUCAGAGCACGUUGUUCUAGAGGGAUGUUUCUAUCUUUCCAGCGUAAAGUGAUAGAUUUGAUUCUCCUCAAGAAAAGUUGCCAGUUACCUAGCCAAUCUUUUUCCCAUUCAAGCCUUAUCUCCGAUCUUAUCCAUGUGAUGAUGUCGGGGGUAGCGUAGUCAUUCGUGUUUUAAAGUCAACAGGCAUUUUUCAACAGGAUCUUGAUCUCAGAUCCUAAACCUUGAACCUUAGUUCCAAAUCCUACUGAUACUGGACUUCGAUCCUGGAUUAUGAACACGGAUUAUAAUCGUACAUCCUUAUCCUGACCCUGAAUUCUGAUUCAUAAUUGUGGAUAUUGAAUCGCGGUCCUAAAUCAAAGAGGCUAGACCCUUUUUCCGGGUCCGCAUCCUGAACACAAUUCCUAUGCUAAUCCUGAACCUCUUUUCCCAGAGAUUCGUAUCUUGAUCCUAAACUCUGGACCCUGAUUUUUAAUCCUAGCUGGAAAUAAUGCCCAUUUUUUUUAAUUAAAAACUAACAAUAUCAAAUACAAUUCCAUUCACACUUGCUUUCCAGUAAUAUUGUCACUUCAUGUAGACCAAUUUACAAUGAUUCCAGAGAUUUUCAAGAACUAAUUUCGACGUUGACUCGAUACACACGAGGAGCUCCUAACCUCUCGUCUACGGGGACGAGUGGUCUGAGCUUGUGUGGAAAGAGGAUUCAUUCCAUUUGCUGGGAGUAUUUGCUGUUUAUGACCUACUGCAUCACUUUCCGAGGUAUCCUCAUUAUCGGCUGCCAUAACCUUCCGAUCGCGUUUUUUACCUUUUUCCUUUUUUCCAACAUGUUGCCUUGAAGCCGUUUCCUCGCCCUUGCCUGUAGUUCUGCAAUCUUCUCCCGUAAGAUCCAUGGUGUUCCCAUUAGAUGGUAUAUCAAUACUGGUGAGUUGUUUCUCAACGUUAUCGCUUUCUACUGAUCUGCUCUCGUUUGAUCUUUUCUCAGUUGUGCUACUCUCUUUGGAAGGUUCCGAAUUGAGUUCCUGUAUUGUUGAUGAUGGUGAGUAUGAGGCAGAGUGAGUGGCCCCAUUAGACACAAUGCUAGCAAAAGUUCCCUUGUUGGCCUGACUAGAAACAAUACGCUCGUUAACCGUUUUCCUCUUCGGGCAAACCCUCGUAGUAUAUCCUAACUCUUAUGGACCAAUGCGGAUCCUCAAUUCUGAACAUGGAUUUUUAUCUUCGAACGUGCUUUUAGAUCCUGAUUUCGUAUUCUAAUCAGUAUCCUGAUUUUAGAUCUUGAACGCUGAUCCUCGAUCUUGAUCAUGGAUCCUGAUCUCGGAUUCUGAUACUCUAUACUCAGAUCUUUGAUCCUGGAUUCUGAUCAUGAUUCAGGAUACUGGAUCCUGAUCUCGGAUCUUUUCUAAUCCUGAACCUGAAUGCUCGAUUCCUGAAUUCUAGGGUUUGAUCCUCAAUAUUGAUUCCUGGUUCCACCAUCUGAUUGUAGAUCGUGAAUCCGGGUUCUGGAUUCCGGAUCCUGAUCGUGAAUUCUGUUCCCGAAUUCUGAUGAAGGCUUUCGUACCCUGAAACCGGAUUCUUGAUUAUCUGGAAUCCUAAACCUUAACCUGGAUUCUGCACCCGGAUUCUGAUCCCAACGCCGGGCUCCGAAUGUAUCCUGGACCUUAAAUCCUUAUGCCUUAUCCUAAUCCUGGAUGCUGAUCUAGAUCUAAAUUACCGGAUUUUAAUCCUGAUUUAGGAUUCUGAGUACUUAAUCUCAAGUUCUAAUCCUUAUCCUGGAUCAUAAUUCUUAUAGUGGAUUCCUAUUUAGGAUACUCAGAUUUCGAUCCCAGAUUCUGAUCCUGAUUCCAGAUUCAGAAUAUUUAAUUCUUAUCCUGAAUCAUAGGCUUACUGGAAAAUCUGAUCCUGACUCCAGUUUCACUUGUUUCUGAUCCCGGAUCCUGACCUCGAAUUAUGAUCCAGUUGGGCUAUCCUCAUUUGGUUUCUGGGUCUCUCAAUCAAAAUGUCUUCUAAAAUAACUAUUUUUGUGACGCAAAGUUCGUUCAGAUAUUUCCGCGCACAUAUGGCAGAAAGUGCGUUACACAUCAGUACAAAAAUGAUUCGAAAAAAAGUGAACAGAAGUCCUCUGCGUGAACACAUGGGCUGUCGCUCGCAAUGGAUUAGUUAAUUUUAAACAAGCAACAAAAAACAGACAUCUUCAAGCCGAAGGUAAUCCAUCAAGUUGAACGAUCUAUUGAGUGGGUGGAUGGCGUGGGCUUCCUUUUUCGAAAGCCUGGACGCCAUACGUGUUGCCACAACAGCCAAGAGGCAAAGCUGAUUAGGGAAACGGCUCAAGGAAUAAGACGCGAGCACUCGGAAAAGCACGUCUCAAUCCCCGCGGUAGUAGUCGUUACACGAGACCAAGAUAAUCCGUGCCCAAAUCCCGGGCGGGUGACACUUCAAAUCCUCGAAUGUUUAUCGAAGUUUGAAGUACAUCGAUGGCGCUACCGGAUUUGUCGCAUUCAUCCACCGCAGUCAGUCAGACACGUUUAUCGCUGUGCUCUGUAGACAAUCGACAACCAGGAAAGAUUAGCAAAACACCUGAAAUAUUUAGUUAGCUCAUCAAUCCGCACAACAAAAAACAUGAAUGACCGACAGGCUCAAGUGGCUUCGUGUGACGAACGGCGCGGCGGGAAAAAAAUAAACACAAAUAACUGCACGAUUAGCUCGAUUCUGCUGCAUGAGUGACGCCACUAAGUGGUGUGGUGGAAUUAAAUAUGAACUUCAAAUCAUCCUCUUCCACGAACCUUCUUCGGUGGAAGGCGUGUAGAGUUAGCCUAGCGCUUCUUCAAGAUCGAUCCCUUCCGCUUACCCUUUAGAAUGAUCAUCGCAACCCGGUUUAGGAUAAUUACUGCAACAGCCAGAUGGACAUCUAUCAAAUGGUUGAAUUCGCAUUCGUCGUUCAAUAGCAGUUUAUUAUUCAUUCUGUCGAAACGUCAACCAAAAGUCCACCCAAAGUCACGUUUCCAGUUCAUAAUUUGCGAGCACGUUCUCGUACAAUUGAACACGGUCGGAUCGUUCGGAUCCAUUGGAUUGAAACAAGAGUGCUCGUGAAGGAUCUUCAAAUUGAUCGGAAUCAUUUGAGCCGUUUGCCGUCGCGAAAGACUUAUCGAUUUUUUUUCAUGUAGUGGACUUGGACUUGGGGGAAAAUCUAAAUAAAAAAUCUUUACGGAAUAUCGUUAUAAUUCAAAAUUAGGCCGGAACAAAUUAAGUUCAAGGAGUUUCACUGAAAACUUUGAUAAAUUCUUCGAAAAUUCAAACAGUUGAAAGAUCAAAGGCAAACAAUAGAAGAUGGGCGUUGUAUCACUUUUUGAAUUCGAGAUUAUUUCAACUGAUCGAUCUAAAAUAACUCUAUUUUCCAAUUUUGUGCAAUGAAGAUUGUAUACAAGUUUGUUGCGUACUUAUGCUACAUAAACUACACCAUUUAUCUUAUUAAUCUUUCAUCAGUCAUCACCCCUUCUCCCUUCCACUAUGUAUUUUUUUUUUUUUCGGAAAACCCGGACGAGGGGAUAAAUUUGCUAUUUGUUAUAACUGAUCGAUAAAUCAAAUAUUGAUCCAAAUGAUGACUUAAAAUUAAAUUAAAACAAAACACUUAGGUCUAGCUACAGGGUCCUAAAGGCACAACUUAUCUUCUGAAAACAUCCCUCGAAUCGUUCUACAACUAAGUUCGAGUUUAGAAGUUUAUUAGUUUAGAACGAAACAAUAACGAACUCCACUUUCGUUCUAAGCUACUCUCUCCAGGCAAGAUCUGAUUCGGGAGCAUACCUUCGCAAUAUAAGCCUUUGACAUAAAAGCCUCAGAGAUGGAAGUCUUAAGAGAAUCGACACUUGGGUGAGAGGAUCCACUAGCCUUCGCUUGAUCAUACGCCUGUAUUUAAUAGUCGAGGGAGUUCGAAUCCGGGCUGCUAGUAGGCUAAAGAUCCUUCCGCCAAAACUUCAUAUUCUCCUCCAGCUACGUUUGGGUCUAUUUCGAGCUAUGGCAUGGGAUCCAUCUCGUUGAAAAACAACACUUUUUGGUUAACCAGAGUUUGCACGGAAGCACCUGAUUCUUCAAAAGGUUCAUGAAGACUUCUGUAUUAACUUUUACUCCAGCUUUUAUAAAGGCAGAAGGCAUCUUCAACCCAUUCGAAGCAACCGCUCCAAAUACCAUGACUCUGGUGGAAUGCUCGGGAGUCAACCUAAAUUUCACAUUCUCUGGAACAUCUUUAGCCUUCAGGAGUGAAAUAUCCCGAUCCAUAUUUGACAUCGGAUCAAUUGAAAAAAGUUUCUCAUUUGAGAACACGACGAUCAGUUGCUUCUUCUUCAACUUAUACCGUAUUUGUCUAUGCCUUUGCACUGUCAAACUGUUUGUUUAUUCGGAUAGUGUUGAACUGGUUUUGACUUGGUGUUGCACUGCCAUCGGGCGAUAGUGCCCCGAAAAUUUUGUCAGUAUUGCGAGAGAGCGUGUGAGUGAGUGAGAUAGCAAUACACUGGCGACAAUUUUUGAUUGUUUUUAUCGGAUACGGUGGAACAUUGAACGAGGGGAGAAAACAAAUACAGUAUUAUACUGUAUUUGUUUUUACCACUCGUGGAGUGUCCCACCGUUCCCGAUAAAAACAAACAAAAAUCGUCGCCAGUGUAUUGCUACCUCGCUCACUCACACGCUCUCUCGCAACACUGACAAAAUUUUCGGGGCAACACCGCCCGAUGGCAGUGCAACACCAGGUCAAAUCUAGUGCAACACUGUCCGAAUAAACAAACAGUUUGACAGCACCUAGUGGUGCACCAGUGCAACACUAGUGCAACACUCGGCAUAAACAAAUACGGUAUUAGAUAGCAAGCGCUUCGAGCGCUUAGGUCGCAGCGCUUUAAUUCGUUCUGUUAUCAAAUGGCGCUUUGCUCUUGCCCUUGAUAAUGCAUUCAAGUCAUCUUUGACCAAUCAUUGCAUGGGCAAAUCAGAGAUAUUCGCUUCCUUAGACAGCUUCCGGAUUGAUCUUACUGGUUUCCACUUCACUUUCGUCUUGAUCGAAUUCACACCACUUUUACAGCGCGUGCAGACCUGGGCUUUCCACAUUCCGGCUUCCGUGGAUAUGGUCCACCAAAAAAAGAACGUUUCGCGUAGUAAACAGUCGCUAGAUGACAUCCUACAGCCGCCGCAAUUUGUUUGGGAGAUUUUCGGGCGAGAAGCAAACUGGUCACUGCCUCCUUUGUGUACAUCUUAAGGCAGCCACACAAUACCACGUCGGACGUCGCGUCGCGUCAUCUUUCAACACCGUCGCUGAGUUCUAAAACGCUGACGCAACGGACUCUACAAUUUUCGCACCACAAUACAGCGUCCACUGACAGGGCUGACAGGGAAAUAUUAAGACAAAACUCGGCAAACUCCAACACAAAAUGUUUCAGUCAAUUUAUUUUUAUUUUUGAAAAAAACGGGAACAUAAAAAUACAGUACUAUACUGCAUUGUUUACAUCAAUUGACAGAUGAAGGUUAGAGCUAAUAUAGAAUGGCCCACAAAAAAAUCCUCAAUAAUCGACAAAAACAACCCGAAACAGACUGAGAAAAACUGAUAACUGCACAUUUACUACGAUUCAAUGGCAAGGAUUUGAUGUCGCACCAAUGAGCGAAGAGAUCUUUAAGGUGUAAAACAGUUUAAGAUCAUCAGAAUAGCUAAGUAUUGGGCCGUCUAGGAGAGAAAGUACGUCGGUAAAAUAGAUUAGGAAAAUAAUCGUUCCUUAAUGGCUUCCAUGAGGCACAUCGGAGAAGGCAGAGCGCUGCAUGCAAAAGGUAUCUCCCGUUAGAACAGUCAAUUUACGCCCAUUCAAAUGACUGCGGAACCAGCCAAGUAAAGUAACACCGAACCCUAAGCGUCCAAGUUUCCCUAUGGCAAUUGCGUGGUUCACCUUGUUGAAUGCAGCUGACAGAUCGGUGUAGAUGGCAUCAGUUUGAGAUUUGGCAGCGAAACUUUCAUGCACAAAAGAACUGAACGUCGGUAAGUAACUUGUCGUGGAGCGUUUUAGCAUGAACCCGUGCUGAUCAUUGGAGGUGUUAUUCUUGCAGGACGAGAAAAUGGGUUCCACGGGAAGGUAGCUCUGUCAAGCAGAGCUUGAAAUAUAAACCGAAUAGGAGUCAACAAAACAGGCAUAAGACUUAUUAUAAAAGUUGCUGGUAUCCAGUCCGAAUCUUUAGAAAAGGAAUUCUUGAGCUUUGCCGCUGCUUUAGAAAUGAAUGAAUCCUCGAAUUCCAUACCGUUUGUGGAACUGCUUCAACGAGCUGUGCAGGAGCUAAUUCAAUGGUCGGUAAACGAGAGCCAUCGUUGGCAAAGCAAUGGUCCAGCAUAAGACCGUUUUCGUUCACGACGCCGUUGAUCUGGCGCAAGGUCGCUGUACUCAGGGAGUCCAAUAUGACGUUUGAAGGUGUCGAAAAAGUAGAGCGAAGCAAACUACUCAGGAUCCGGGUACAGAAAGCUACAAUGGUUGGAGCACCUCCUCAAACCGGGCAUAUUGAAAUCGCCUAUGACGAGCUUUUAUUUUUACAAGAUGAAAAUUUGACUUUAAACCAUAACAGCCGGGUGUUUGCUGCCGUGAGUCGGUUUGUCCCACUAAAAUCACUUUGGGCUUCGUGUGCCAGAUUUGCCCCUUGGUUUCUACCUAUGAUACUACAUCAAGGGGUAGGCUGUACUCAUGCACUUAUACAUCUCACCCUUUUCCUUUUCCUCUUUCUCAAUUUUUGGUCUUUCUCCUUGAUUUUCGUUCUGCUUUAUUCUCUUUCUCCUUUUUCCUCCUUCUCCUUUUCCUCUAUCGCUUCAGACUGGUACGGAAGACCCCGAGGCGUGUGCCGGUUAGGUAACGCUUUCAAAGUAACUCGCGCCCGUCACAGCGACCACUCCCGCAGGAUUUCUUACCACCAAGGCAUGACCGAUUGAGAGACUACCAAGCUAGAAUCCCGUCACGACCACCCCGAAUGGUAUCUCCGCUUCCUUUUGCUGCAGGAAAGAUCGUAGCUGAGUACGUGAGACCUUUUAAGUCCCACCACACGUAUGAGUCCAGAUUAGGGUUAUACCGCGCCCUAAGAUCGCGUUGCUUUUGAAUUAAAGUGUCAUACUAGGCCCAAGACCUUCCAUUAGCUUGUCAAAUUUGGUUGACUAUCUCGCUCUCUCCGUUCAUCAUCUUUCCUGAUUCUUAUCAGAUCGCGCACGAUUUGCGAGAUUUCGUCGACUAUAGCACGCCACGACUGUUCGUCGCGAUACAUUUCACUAACAAUGUUUUCAGCGUUCAAAUUUUGAAGUUGUUGACGCCUAGAAAUGUACCUGGGACAGACAAAGAUAACAUGUUCUGCCGAUUCCUCC